GUUUUGAUAUUCUGGGUUGGGUUGAGCACACCGGUCCGUGUUCUUGUGUUUGGGUGGUGCUGGUAUACAAGCACUAAUAGAUCUAGACUAAAAUUACAAAUUUUAUAAUUAAAUUAACAAUCUAAAUCUGGGACUAAGACGACUAGAGUAGUAUUCUAUAGUGACUUAGUCUAAAUAUCUGUAGUCGUGUAGAGUCACUCACAAUUUAUACCUUAUUUCUUCUUCUUGGAUAAUCUGAAGACAGUAAAGAAACAUUCCAUGAUUAGAUUGGGAACCUACAAGAUACAGUUACACCCAGAGUGAGAGUAGAUCUAACAUUGAAACCCUAGAUCUAUACUAUAGAGAUCUAGGUCUAAAUUACUGGGUCAUGAGUUUGAGCUUUCUAAAAAUGAAAUGGUGUUGGCUUCUCCUUGUUGUAACUCUGGUUACCCCAAGCCAUGCUCAAAAUGUUGCUAGGCAAGUGUGUACGCUGAAUGGCAUGACUAAUGAAAUUGGAGCUAACAGCGCCAUAAAACUAGGAGUUUUGUUUGAGAUGAGAAAUAAAGGCAGCGGUGGACUGGGAUGUGGCUCUGUUAAUAUAGCAAACAUGCAAGUGUAUGAGGCAGUUAAAUAUGCUAUAAAUGUCUACAACCAUGCUAAUUCUGGGAAUCCAUACUUGACUAAUAUCAUGUUUGGUUUCAAGGCUUAUGAUACUUGCUACUCAACAACACAAGCUAUCAGUGCUAUGGAAAGUUUAUUUCCUCAGUUGACAUCUUCCAGUUCUUUCUGCCAACAGAACUCUUCACUUCUUGUUGGUCUGGUGGGACCAUUGUCUAGCUCUACAGCCAAGUCAGUGGCUGAAUUUGGAGGUCAGUAUGGAGUCAGUAUUGUUUCACCAGCAGCUCGAGACCCAGCACUUAGCAAUAAAAACAAAUAUCCCACAUUUGUCAGGACCGUUCCAUCCUAUUCUGUUUUUGCUAAGGCUGUUGCAGAGUUGCUGUAUCAAUUACAGUGGCAGAAUGUUGCAGUUAUCUAUACCAAUGAUGAUGAUGGGAGCAGUGGCUAUCAACAACUGCUGCAGGCAAUUUACAACAGAGGUCUCUGUAUUACCAAUGCUCUGGCCAUUGAUGACUCAAUGGACAAGACGACCUACAGGGCAGCUCUUAACAGUUUUAAGUUCAACACUUUUAAAGUGGCUAUAGUCGUAGCUAACAGUGCAGUAACUCAAGUAAUUCUGGAUGCAGCUAACGAUGUUAUGACGAGCCCGAAUAAUGUUCAGUGGAUCUUGAGUGACUUGGAUAUAACAAAUGACCAAAGUAGCCUUCCGCAAGCUCGUGGAUCUUUGGUUGUUGUGCCCAAAUUUCCUAAAAUUUCUAACUUUGUAGAACAAUUUGUGAAUUAUUUGGUUACACCCAACAUAAUUGUGGACAACCCUUGGUUUACAGAAUGGUAUUCAAUAGUCUACAAAUGCUCACCCACCUCUGGUACAAGCAACUGUCCAAAUCUGAAUGCUAACACUUUGAAAAGCAACUUCAUUCAGAGUCCUUGGGUGGUGCCAGCAAUUAAAGCUGUUUUCGCUUAUGUAGAAGCUGUACGUGCUGUAUGCCUGAACAGUGGUUCAGUGUGUCAGAACCUGAGAAGCAUGACCCCUGCGGCUUUCAGUGCAGUCCUAAGGAAUUUAGAUGUGACCUUGCCAAAUGACUUCCCUAUAAUUGAGCUGAGAGGUCAGCGCAUCAAAUUUGAUGCCAAUGGAGAUCCAGAAAUUUCAGAAUAUUCAGUUUAUAAUUAUAACAGUGCAAGUGGAUCCUUUGUAUUUGAAGAAAUUGGAACUUUUGUGUCAGAUGUGCUGACCUUGGCACGCCAACCUACCUUGUAUGAUUCUCUUAAAGCUGUUGUUCUGUCGAACAAUCCUACAGUGCUCUGCCCAGCUCUCGGCUGUCAGAACUGCCUUUUGCCACAGAGAGAUGUUGUCUUCAGCUAUAAGCAAGCCGAGGUGGUCAUAGCCACCCUGGCCCAAGCUCACCGCUCUGGCCGCACACCUUUCACGUGUGGCUCUGGCAUUGUGCCACGGCUGACUGCUCUGGUGGCUGCAGAGUGGGCUGUCGGAAGGUACAAGCUAGACAAUCCAGGAAAAUUAAAUGGAGUUUCCCUUGGCUCGCUGGUCGCUGACAUUUGCCCAGAUAGCUAUGUGGCUAAAGGAUUUCUUACAGAUCUGUUAAGUGGCAAUAACCGCUUGGUUGAUUUAUCAGGAACAAUUAUUACUCCAGAGACUAUCUAUGCAUUUGUGGAUCUAACAGAGAGUGAUGUGACUAAAACUGUCAGUCCAAUUCUGUCCAAUUACAAGAUACCAGAGAUUGAAGUGGUCGGGACCACCACGGCUGUGGCUAAUGGAGCUACCACACCAUAUUUCACUCGAGCUGUUCCUAAUGAUGAGGUCUACUACAGAGCAGUUUCUGCCUUGCUCCAGAGUCUGGGAUGGAAAUAUGUGCAGGUAGCCACUUAUUCUGCUGGUCUGUAUGAUGAGAUGACUCAAAUAUUUAUCAAGACAGCUGCGAGCUAUGGUAUCUGUGUAGUCAACACUGCCGUCCACUUUGACACUGGCGACUACAACGGCAUGCUCAUGGACUUAAAUGGCAGAUCAGAAUCUCAAGUGGUAGUUGUCAUUGGUGGUGUUGAUGAUGUAAGAGGAUUGUUAGGAGCUAUCAACGCUACAGGUAAUCCUGGACAGCUACAACUUGUUGCUGGCUCUGACAGGUGGGCAUUGAAUCCAAACUUUGUCCAGGGCCUCGAGUCUGCAGCAGCUAACACCAUAGUAAUAGACCUGGAGAUGCCAGCCAAUGUCCAGUUUAAUACCUACUUGAGUGGUCUGACCAGGUCGGCCAUAGUGGCUAACCCUUUCUUACGAGAGCUGUUUGAAAUUACUAACAGGUGUUCAUUAGACGUAUCAACCAGAGGUCUCUACACCAGAACCUGCACUUCUGCUGAUACCAAUGUCAACUUUUAUCAGGGGAGAACACCCUAUGUGAUCCAGAGUAUCUACACUGUGGCUGACAAACUGCAUGAAAUCAUCCAGGAACUCUGUAACACCACCACAUACACUGGUCUGUGUUCUAACUUCCGCUCUGCCCCAGAUAUUGGCCAGCGCCUUGAUGCCAAACUCCAAAACAUUGGCAUAUUGUCCAAUGGCUAUGGGAUCAAAGAUGGUGAGGGUGUCACUGAUUACAUCUUCUAUGUUUACAGACAGGGAACUUACACGAAGUUUGCUCAGUUCAACACAGACUCCAAGCAAUUGAGCUCUAUAGACACCACUCAACUUGCCAACUAUCAAAGUAAAAAGUCCCAAUGCAGUGGCGCUUGUUUCCAGUGUGGUUACAUGUUCAACAUUCAGAACAGUUUGUUUAUUCCUGGAGAUUGGCUCAUUGCUGGAGCCUUCAGUGUCAGCAACCCAGGACCUGCAAACUUACAACCAUAUGCGUGUGGCUCUACAAGACUAGCUGAUGGACCCCAGUACACAAUGGCCAUGUUGUAUGCCCUGAAUCGGGUCAAUAGUGGCCAGGCCAGUGUCUCAGUACCAGGAGUUACAUUUGGUGGCCUCGCUCUUGAUCACUGUACUAAUCCUGGCCGGGCUAAACUGAUGGCCUCAGCAAUUUAUUCUGGAUUUAUGAGAAAUGGUGUUGACCAAAGCAAGAUCCUGGCAUGGAUUACUGACGACACCGCUAGCACUAAUGAAACUGCUGAAAUAUUGAAUCCUCUAGAGGUGGCCAUGGUUAGCCCUUCAGCCACAUCAGCUAGACUGCUGGAUUUUCCAAACUUUUACAGAACUAUUCAGGGGGACAGAACUGCAGCACUUGCAUUGGUUAAAAUCGUCAAAGCUUUUGGAUUUCCAUAUAUACAGGUUGUGUAUGGCGAUGAUGAUUAUGGCAUUGGUGGUUUGGAAGUGAUGACAACUGUGUCCCAGUCAGAGGGAAUAUGCAUCACCUACUCUCAUAAGUUGUCUUCCAGCAAUCCAUCCAGCAGUAUCAUCAGUACCAUUUUGACCAAGGGCACUGACGUUGUGGUUCUUUUCCUGGGCAGCUCAGACGUAGAGGACUUCCUGUCUGCUGUGGCUGGUACAGAUAAUGUCCGAAGAAAAUUGUUAAUCUUAAUGCCUGAGCCCAACACAAAGAUUGUUAAGAGAUAUUCUCCUUCCAUAACACGACCAAUCAUCGGUCUGCGUCUGCAGCGGUCCAACAUUGUGAAUUAUAACAACUACAUUAAUAGCCUUCCUGUUGAGAACCCUUACUUUGCAAGGUACUACAUGGCUCUCAAGAACUGCAACUUGCCUGGCUACUCCAACUAUGCAAACCCCUGUCCCACUCCCCUGACCCCAGUCACCAAUGACACCAACUACAUUGAGGACAACUACAUCCUAGCCACUAUCAACAGUGUGUAUGCUGUGGUGAAUGCACUGCACCUGACUGUUGCCGAGUAUUGCAACCAGGGCUACAAGUCUCCCUGCCCCCAGUUCUACGCUGCCCAGGACAGGAUGAAGAGAUUUAACCUUCACCUAAAGGAUGUGACCUUCAUUGACGAGGGGCUAAGGAGCUUUAUGUUCCUAGACAAAGAAGGAAACACUGUGUUUGAGGUGUUGCAGACGUCAAGUAACGGAGAUUACAAACAGAUUGGCAGCUAUGCUGGGAUAACUCUGGACCUGUUGGACUCCAGCAUGUAUUCAUACACCAAUGUGACUUCCAGUUGCAUUGACAACUCUUGUUUGGUCUGCGUCACAGCUGGCUUUAAUUUCUCACAUAUCCCUGGGGAUGUUUAUCUGGCAGGUAUAUUUGAUGUUCACCAGAGAUCACUAAGUCCAUUCACAUGUGGUUCAAUCAAUCCUCUCCAUGGUUACCUCCUGCUGGAAGCUUUCAAUUUUGCCAUAAAUCAGGUCAACAGUAAGCAAGGUCAGUUUGCCAGCAUACUGCCCAACACCAGGCUGGGGGGCAUUGGCUUGGACGCUUGCAACUCUCAAGUACUUGGUGGCUUUGUGGUCAGUAACAUCAACAGUGGCUAUACUACACUGCUGAAAGAUGGAAUGCUCAUUAGCCCUUCCAAGAUUGAUGCAUAUAUUGGGUCCUAUUCCAGCAAAGCUUCUAUAUAUCUGGCCAGAAUUUUAACAGAUCUUAAAAUACCUCAGAUCAGUUAUGCAGCAGGCAGUCAAGAUCUGAAUGACCAGAGAGUGUAUCCUUUCUUUUACCGCACUGUACCAUCUGAUGGAGACCAAGUGGAAGCCAUGCUUAAAUUUUUGGACAAGAUGGAUAUACGCUACAUUCAGAUACUACACGAAGAUAACAGCAACGGUAUAUCAGCCAAGGACUACUUGAUCACAAGGGCAGCUGCUUACAGGAUAUGUGUAGCCCAGACCGUGCCAUUCCCAGAUCUAGGGGUGAUCAGCCCUGAAACCUCCAAUGGAAUAGUGGCCAAGCUGCUACAGAAGCCUGCUGCCAAUACAGUUGUCACAUUCCUGAGUGUGGAGUUUGUGAAUUCCCUGCUGCUAGCCAUUGGAAGAUCAAGCACUGCUCAGAAUAAAUUAAGGUUUGUUGGCUCUUCCUCUUGGGCAGACAGUCAGGAUGCAUAUCGCAAUGCUGAGACCUGGGCUGUAGAUUCUGUCACACUCAAACUGGACUCAAAUGAUGUCUACGACUUUGAGACCUACAUGAACUCCAAGACUUUGGCCAACUCUGACCAGAAUCCUUGGUUUGAAGAGUACUAUCAGUACCUGAUGAACUGUUACACCUCCAGGACUCAUACCAUGGGCUACCCUAGGGCUUGUUCUCUGGCUGCCACCACCAUCUUGAAUUCGCCACUGUACCAGCAGGAUCCUGGAGUGGUCUAUGUCAUCAAUGCUGUCUAUGCUGCUGCUUUUGCACUUGAUGCAACCCUGAAACAGAAAUGUGGACUGCAAUACACUGCAGUUUGCCAGGCUUAUCGCAACAGUGCUGAUAGAAGAGUUGUGCUUAGAAAUAACCUGGCCAAUGUGACCUUUGAUGACCCCUCUGGCAACAAGUUUGUCUUUGUGAAUCGUUCAGGUCUCGCUGGAUACAAGUUGAACUCUGUGUACAAAGGUGUAUUAGGCGUCAGUUACACCACGAUUGGCAGCUACAACAUCACCACCAACACUAUCAACAUUAGCUCUACAUACACCUCCCAAUGGGAUAGUAACUGUGACCGCCGUGAGGCUUGUGCAGAGUGUCCAGAGAUCAGAGAUAAUGACCUGCGUUAUGUCUUCAGCAAGGACUCUUCAAUCACCACCAAUGCCACCACCAUUGUUGGCUUCUUUGACAUCCACAAGCAAGGUGCUGACCCCUACAGGUGUGGUGAGCUCAACAUGCCAGGCUUCCAUCACUUUUUAGCUUUCUUCUACGGUGCUCAGAAAGUCGUCACCUCUAAAGUAAAGGGCAAAGUUCGUAUUCUGGCCAUCGACACUUGCUCCAACAGCAUGCGAGUGGACCAAGACUUGUUUGGACUGCUAGAAGGGACUGGACUCUGUAACACUGUGUUUGACAAUGACAAGAAAAUAUCUCUUGACAACCUGGGCAGUGUCAUUACAAUGGGGGAUCUCAACACGAUGGCAGCAGCCCGAGUCCUGGAGCAACCCAGGGUCACCUACCUGAGCCCCAAUGCUCUGAGCUCUUACCUCGAUGACUAUGACUACCUCCUGCGUACUGUCGCACCUAAUAAAGCCUUGGUCAGCACCCUGGCUGCUCUGUUCACAAAGCUCGGCUGGGGAUAUCUAGACGUGGUCUACCAAUUGAACUCACCUUAUGGAGUUUAUUACUACAAGGAUUUCAACAACUAUGCCAAGAGAAAUGGAUUGUGUGAAGGCUCAAUACUUGGACUUGACUCUGGCUUUACAACUGCAGACAUCAAACUGAAUGGAAACAAAGGUUCCAAGGCUGCGGUUCUCUUUGGCUCUUUAGACUUUAUUGGCAAUGUUCUGUCGAGCAGUUCAGGCUUCAUUGACCAGUACACUUGGAUACUGGGGGGUGACUGGACACUCACCACAGAUGACUUUAAGCGUAUUGUGCCAAAGGGCAAGACAGCCACCCUGAUAACGCUCAGGCGCCAAUUCUACGACGUGAAAAGCUUCUUGACCUACUUGACCGACACCUUAAAGUACAAUGAGGUGCAUGGGACCAACACAGCCAGCAUUCCCACUCAGUGGUUUGAUGAGUUCUACCAGACAGUCUUCAACUGUACCAUCAGCACCUCAACCAAACCAAUCAACAUAGGAAAAUCUGAAUGUUUGAAAAAUCAAACUUACUCUACAAGUUCUCACGAUAAGUUUGCUUUAAAUACAAUCGCUGCUGUUUUUGCUGCUGCCAGUGGACUGGAAGGAGUUCAAACCAGUUACAACACAGUGGGCAGACGCAACUCAAUUUUGCAAAACACUUUAAGUGUCAGUGACAAUCUGGUCUCACCUAGUGCCAGCCUUGGAGACUUGAAUCUGGCAAACCCACCAGCAGCACUCAAGUUUGAGUUUGAUAAGGAGAAUCACUGGUGGAACUCUGGCUUGGAGAUGAAGAUACUCAGUGUCUCUGUUGCCCCUGAUGGCACUGUGACAGUCAAGGAAAUUAAGACUGUGAAUGUCUCCUCCUCCUUCAGCGACAGUCAAAUCAAGGACAUCCAAUCUGCCUUCAAUGUCUCUUCCAUUUGCACUGACAGCAGCGGCUGCAGCUGUUCUAGUGACAGCACAUCUGGCAAGUCAGGAGCCCAGACGGGCGGUUUCUCUGCUUCGGAUCACCGCAACUAUUACCUGUACAAUGACCAGGAUGUUUUGUUGUACGAUUGGCCAGUUUGGGCCAUUGUGGUGGCCAUUUUGACCAGUCUUGGACUUCUCAUCACAGUUAUUCUAUUUUUGAUUCUUGUCAUUGCCUACCCUGUGCGUAAAGGCACCACCGUUCUUGGAUACAUGGUUAUCGUGGGCAUUCUUGGUAUCUACGUCAUCAACUUUGCCUUCUUUGUGAAUGCCAAUGAAGCUACCUGCGGCAGCCGAAGGUUCCUAAUGGGUGUAGUUUACAUGAUUGCUUUUGCACCGCUGCUAAUUAAAGCCCUGGACAACUGGAGGUUUAGUCAAGUGGAUGAGAAAGAAGCAUCCAAAGAUAGAUACACAGGAAUCUCUUCGGCUUGUUCCUUGUUCUUUGCUUCACUGGGCAUCGUGUUAGUCCAGUGCAUCAUUCCUAUCAUCUGGCUGAUACUGGUGCAUCCUACGGCAAGCUACUGGGGGAUGGCCGAUGCCAAACACGACAACUGGUGGUGUGACCCACCUGAGGACUAUGACGUGGGCAUCGUUUUGUCCAUGGUGUUUGUUAUGUUCAUCGUGCUGAUGACUGGCAUCUUCUCCGCCAUCACUUAUGACUCAGAGAGGAAUAACUAUGAGUCAAGGUGGAUAUUGUUUGGCAGUAUAGCUACAGCUGGAUGUUUUGUGGUCUGGAUGAUUGUAUCCACAAAUGCAGGUCCACCAUACAGGGAUGCUGCUGUUUCAAUAGGCAACCUUGUGAAUGCAACACUCCUGAUGCUGGUGAUGCCUUUCAGAAAGUCUGUCUUGCUGUGUCAGUCAAAGAGAGGCAAAAAAGAGGCAGAAUAUGAUGAGGAUGGAGAACCAAACUCCUUCAGCAAUGGAGGCUACAAUCCAGGCUACGAGCUUAGUGACUAUGAUCAGUACAACACCAAACCAUCAGAGUUUUGAUAUUUCAGAUGACUUCAUUUUCAACAUUUCUGAUUUGUCACCAAGUGCUAUUUUUUAAUUUAUGCAAAGUUCACCAUUUUAUAAUAAUUGAUUGUGAAACAUGUGCGUAUUCAUAUGUUCCAUUUCUUUUGAAUAUCAUUUUAAAGUCUUUGUAGUUCAUUCAAUUAAUGUCUGACUUAAACACUACCAAGAUCUCAGUGUACCCAGAAGUAGACCCUCUUAAUUUCUUCUCCCAGUCUUCCAUCACAACAAGUUUGACUAGCAGAAGAAAACUGACAUAGUUAAUGUAUGGUUUCUAGUAAGAUUCUGUUAUCACUGUGUAUAUAUAGAUCUUAAUUGUUACAUUUUACUAGUGACUUAAGGAACUAGAAAAGUACAAGAGUUAUUGGACUUUGUUAUUUCACCUCUCAUUACCUUAUCUGAGUGCUAGGAGUGUGAUAUGUGUACAAGGACUGAUUGAGUGUGAGCACAGCCUGAAUGACUGACCUUUAAUCCUGUUGAGUCCCGGGAGGAAUCUUCUGUGAUUCUUGUUUUAUCUGUCCAUGUUUUUAAAUGAUCUUUUACUGUAUGAAAUUUGAACAUAUCAUCGAAAGCAUUCAUUAAUGUUUCUGAUAUCAUGAAAUGUAACUCACUAGAGUUUCUCUCAUACUCGACUCUUCUGUUCCCAUAAAUGUUGAACGACCUUUUUUUUUAUUUUUAUUUGGUUCCAAACAAAUUAAUGAACUAAAAUGUUUAAAAGUGAAUAUAUUUUUGUUAAAUUGUAUUUGUAUACGAAUUUAGUUUAUAUAUUGUUAUUUUACAUCAGUUUACAAAUGAUUAAUUUUCUAAUAUUUAAAUACUAGAUCUGUUCAGAAAUCAUGUUAGUGUAACCUGUGAUCAGCAGUUUAUUUUCAGAAAUGUAUCUUUAUAAGGUAGACCCAAUGUUCUGUGUAUAUUUAUUGAAUCCAUCUAUUAAACUAUUCGCUUAUAAUGGA